CGGACGUGUUUUUUCCAGCCCUGUUCCCCUGAAAAACGAACGGAAAUUCAAACAAGGAUUGUAACGCGAGUGUCCUGGGCAGGGAAUAUAACCACUGCGAGCUGGAAAUCAAGUUUUUCGGAAAGUUGACUAAGUGAACAGUGGAAGAUUGCAGUGUAAAUUCGAUUAAGUUCAUUGUAAUAGCCAAUUAUCGCGAGUGCCUAAUCCAAUUACCAGCAAAAUGGGACUCGAGUUCUUCUUUAAGUUCGGCUAUGCCUUUCUGACAAUAACCCUCAUGAUCAUGAUCUGGAUGUCGCUGGCCCGUGCCUCGAUGUUCGCCCGUGAAAUGGAGGAGACGCACUACCCGCCAUGCACCUACAACGUUAUGUGCACUUGUUCGAAAUCCUCCACGGAUCUGGGGAUAGUGCACUGCAAGAACGUUCCGUUUCCGGCUCUGCCGCGCAUGGUAAACCAGUCCAAGGUGUUCAUGCUGCACAUGGAGAACACGGGUCUUCGCGAGAUUGAGCCCUACUUUCUGCAGUCCACGGGCAUGUACCGUCUAAAGAUAUCCGGAAACCAUCUCACCGAAAUCCCAGAUGAUGCCUUUACCGGCCUGGAGCGAUCGCUGUGGGAGUUGAUCCUGCCGCAGAAUGACCUGGUGGAGAUCCCUUCCAAGUCCCUCAGGCACCUGCAGAAGCUACGUCAUCUGGAUCUUGGCUACAACCACAUAACGCACAUCCAGCACGACUCGUUCCGCGGACUGGAGGACUCGCUGCAGACGCUAAUCCUGCGCGAGAACUGCAUCUCGCAGCUGCAGUCGCACAGUUUCACCGGACUUUUGAUUCUGGAGACCCUCGACCUGAGUGGGAAUAACCUGUUUGAGAUAGAUUCAAAUGUUUUCGUUGAUGGAAUGCCUCGGCUAACCCGCCUUUUGCUUACGGAUAACAUACUCUCGGAGAUUCCAUAUGACGCCUUGGGCCCACUAAAGAGCCUUCGCACCUUGGACAUCUCCCAUAACGUGAUCUGGUCGCUCAGUGGCAACGAAACCUACGAAAUCAAGGCCAGCACCAAGCUCAAUCUGGACAAUCUGCACUUGGAGUACAAUCAUAUUGAGCUGCUGCCCCCUAACUCGUUCAAGUAUUUCGACACCGUCAAUCGCACUUUCUUCGACGGCAAUCCUAUUCACACACUGAGGGAAGAUGCAUUUAAGCCCGCUCGAAUCAGAGAGAUCUACAUGCGGUAUUGCGGACUGACAAACAUUUCGCCUGUGGCCUUUGACAGCCUAGUGAACAGCCUCCAGAUCCUGGACUUGUCUGGAAACAAUCUCACGAAGCUGCAUCACAAACUCUUCAACAAUUUCGAUGUCUUGAGGGUCAUCAGCAUGCGGGACAACAAGAUCAAGAUCCAGAAGCCAACGGAGACCUUCAAUGCGGUGCACUACACUCUGCUGAAACUGGAUCUGAGCGGAGACCGAAAUGACCCCACCAAUCUGCAGACUCUUCGCAAUAUGACCAGAAUGCGGAAUAUGCGAUCGCUGUCGAUAUCUCGUCUGGGCUCCUCCUCCGUGGGACCUGAGGACUUCAAGGACUUUGGCGUGGAGCUGGAGGAUCUGCAGAUCACCAGGGCUAGUCUUUCCGGGAUUCAAUCACAUGCCUUUAAGCAUGUCAGAGGACUAAAGAGGCUGGACUUUAGCGAGAACGGAAUAUCCAGCAUUGAAAAUGAUGCCUUCCACGAGAUUGGUCACUCUUUGAUAUCUUUGAAGAUGUCCCAUGGUUACUCGGGAAGUGCUUUACCAGCCGAACCCCUCAGGCACUUGACUUCCCUUCAGGAGCUGGACUUCAGCAAUAACCACAUCAGCAGCAUGAGUGACACCAGUUUCCACUUCCUGAAGAAUUUGCGUCUGCUGGAACUUCACGACAACAGGAUCGAACAGGUCUUGAAGGGCACCUUCCAGGGCGAUAUCCACUCAAAGCUGGAAGAGAUCUCGCUGCGCUUCAACCACCUGACCUCCGUUUCCCAGCACACGUUCUUUGAUCUGGAGGCUUUGAGAAAACUGCAACUGGAUGACAACAAGAUUGACAAGAUCGAGCGAAGAGCCUUCAUGAACCUAGAUGAACUGGAGUAUCUCAGUUUGAGGGGCAACAAGAUGAACAACCUGGCAGACGAGUCCUUCCAGAACCUACCCAAAUUGGAGAUCCUGGACAUGGCCUUUAAUCAGCUGCCCAACUUUAACUUUGACUACUUCGACCAAGUGGGCACGCUGUCUAAUUUGAAUGUGAAUGUGAGCCACAACCAAAUCAGGCAGUUGAUGUAUAACUCCUCAUGGAGUGGGCGAAAUGAACAUGGCGCCAUGUACCAUUCAAACAUCAAGAUAUUGGAUCUUUCUCACAACAAUAUAUCCAUUAUCCACCCUGGAUACUUCCGACCUGCUGAGAUUUCACUGACACACUUGCAUCUGGGCUACAAUUCCCUGAUGAACACAACUCGUGAUGUCUUUGGCAACAUGCCCCACUUGCAAUGGCUGGACCUCAGCUACAAUUGGAUCCACGAACUGGACUUUGAUGCCUUCAAGAACACCAGACAGCUGCAGCUGGUUUACUUCGGUCACAACUAUCUGAGUGAUAUCCCGCAGGAUAUAUUUAAACCCGUCCAGGGUCUGCGCAUCGUUGACUUCUCGCACAAUCACCUGAGGGGCCUGCCCGACAAUCUUUUCUAUAAUGGCGGAAUGGAAAAAUUGGAUGUUUCGCACAACAUGAUGUUGAAGAUUCCCUCCUCAUCGCUAUCCAGUUUGGCUGCGUUGACCCUCUGUGAACUGCACUUGUCCAACAACUUUAUCUCCACUAUUCACAGCAUGGAUUUGUCCAACAAGUUCAGAUCCCUCCGCUAUUUGGACAUCUCUUACAACUAUUUGCUGCGAAUUGACGACGCCGUUUUCGCUACCAUGCCCAAACUGGCAGUUCUGGAUCUCUCCCACAAUCGGGAUUUGAAGGUGAUGGACAAGUCGUUUAUGGGUCUGGAAAACUCGCUGAUUAAACUUGGUCUGGAGAACGUCUCACUGAGCACUGUUCCUGAAAUCCGCCUGAAGUAUUUGCGAGAGUUCCGUUUGGGCUACAACGAGCUUCCCUCGAUCCCUCAGGAAUUGGCCCACAAUAUGAGUAAUCUGCGUAUGCUCGACCUUUCAAACAAUGACUUGACUAAUGUUCCGCUGAUGACCCAAUCUCUGCCACAUCUAAGACGACUGAUGCUCUCUGGCAAUCCUAUAACUUCGCUGAACAACAACAGUUUCGAUGGCGUGAACGAGGAUCUUGAGAUGCUGGAUAUAUCCAAUUUCCGUUUGCACUAUUUCGAGUAUGGCUGCCUUGACUCGCUGCCCCAUCUGAGAUCUCUUAAGCUCACUGCCUAUUCCCACCUGGAACACUUCAACAUUCCGCAUCUGCUUCGCCAUCACUAUAAUAUCCGUCAGUUAUGGAUCGAAGCUCCGCAGCCCUUCACGCGUAUUGUAAAGAAGGGAUCCGGACCCACUCAGGAAAUGCAGACCCUUCAGUUGGGCAAUCCCACCGACCUUCAGCGCGAAAUGGAAGGCCACCUGCCUUCCAAAUAAAAAAAAAAAAUAAAUAAUAUUUAAAAAAAAAAAAAAAAUGCUUCAAUUCAGCUAAGCCUGAAUGAACGUAUUUUAAGGGGCAUGCGAUCACCAUAUCUCUACAUGCAAUUGUUCAAUACCUCCAUGCAAGCUUUGCCCCCGAACUUCUUUAAAUAUCUGGGACGAGUUCGGAACAUAUCGCUGGACAUUCGUUAUCACAAUAGGAACCUGAAGAAGAUUCCCAACCCGAACACGGGAGCUGUGCCAUACCUGCCCAACAGUGUGUUCCUCACCGACUUAAAGAUGUCUCACACGGAUCUCAAUUGCGACUGCGACCUGGGAUGGGUGGAGUUCUGGCAACGCAAGAGGCGCCAGUACAUUUGCUCUUCCCAAACCUGGACCGAUACCGUCUUCCGCACUUUCAUGAACUCACCCUGCCAGGUGUACGGAAGGCAUAACUGCGAUGAUCACGAUGAUGACCUAAGGGAGACACGUUGUGAAAACAAGGGAGGCCAACAGCUAAUGGAGGCCCUCAAAUUCGACCUGGAGUGCGGUUGGGAUAAUGCAAAUUGCCGGGAGGCCGCCUUCGUAGUAGUGAUGGUGUGUGUGGCCAUGGUCUUCUGGAUGUGACUUCUGCACUUUGCAUAUAAGACGUCCACCGACUUUUAUAGCAUUCUAGAGCAAGUCUACGGCAGGCAGGUCAUAUAAGCCCUGUCGUCUAGAGUUUAAGCGUGAUGAUGAGACUUUGGCCACUUUGAUACCUUUUGCAGUUAGUUGUUUCUCUUCCGACAACCUUCUCUCACCGAUCCGCUGGUCCUUGGUAACGCCUUAUAUGUAGUAUUCCUCACCUCAUUCCUCACUCACUCCAUUCUUCACCUCGCCUCACUGUCUAUCUCCAUGUAUGUAUAUUUUUGUAGGCCUUACUUUUAACAGUAUCUUAUCCAAUUAUCUAAUAACCCCGCCUGACCUUCUCUGUACUUCUCUUAUAAGUUAGGUCACUGCGCUGCUUAAACAAUUCCAAAAUGAAAGUCUGUAAAAUGUUUCAUAAACAUAUAAUAAAUAUUUACGGUAGGUUAA